UCCAAAUAUAAGUUGGUAACUUUUGGUUUUCUAUUAUGUUUAAGGUGUUUGUUUGCUUUUAAGAUUUUAUAUAGGUAGUCCAAAAAUAAUUUUGGUAAUGGAUAAUCGUGUAAAUAAAAUAAAUAAAAAUACACACCCACGUGAGAAAGCUGGGUGGUUUUCUAUUUUAACUUUUGGAUAUACAUUGGAUAUUUUUAAAAAAUCAUGGAGAAAGGAGAUCAAAGAAGAAGAUUUAUAUCGAGUAUAUAAAAAAUUUAAUUCCAAAUCUUGUGGAGAUUAUUUUGAAAGACAAUGGAACUUUGAGAAGAUGCGAGAAUCAAAACCGUCAGUCAUUUAUUUGCUAUGGAGAACACACCGAUUACGAUACUGUAUUUGCAUUUUAAUGCAUCUUAUAUGGAAAACCACCAGAAGCUUUGUUGAACCAACAGCGAUGAUGAACCUUAUUGUGUAUUUCAAAGAAGACCAAACACAAUUUCAAACGUCGGAUGCUUUAUAUUACGCGUUCUUAAUUUUGCUUAUUUAUCUCAUGGAUUUUGUUAUUUCACACAAUGUGUAUUUAUUUCUGCGAGAAAUAGGAGUUCAAAUAAGAAACAGUCUGUCAUCUUUUAUCUAUAGAAAAACUUUAAAAUUAAGAAGUGACGUAUUGGAUAGUCAAAACAUUGGCAAUAUUGUUACUUUAAUAACAAAAGACGUUAAUUUUAUUGAAUUGCCAUUAUCACAUAUACAUGAGUUGUUUACUGGAUUUAUUCAAAUUUUUAUUAUAUGUUUUAUGAUCUAUAAUAAAUUGGGGGUCAACUCAGUAUUUGGCCUUUUUGUGUUUUUGUUUACAAUAUGUAUUGAAUUUUUAGUGGGUCUUUUUAUAGCCAAAUUAAGAUUAAAGGUAGACGUAAUGUCUAGCGUAAGACUCCAAAGAACUAAGGAAGCAUUUUCCGAUAUUAAAAUUAUAAAAAUGAACACCUGGGAAAACUACUUUAAUGAUAGAAUAUCAGAAGCAAGGAGAAAAGAAGUCAAUAUCUUAUUCAAAGAAACAUUUUUAAAACUUUUUGCAAGCGUCCUAGGAACACUAGCAAGUCCUCUUUCAAUAUAUGUUCUUAUAAUGACACAUGUUUGGUUUGGACGCCCCAUCACAGCUGAAAUAUUUUUCUUUAUUUUAAGUUGCUUUAGACAGAUAAAAAUUCUUUUAUCCAGACAUUUACCCAAAGGUAUCGGGUAUGCUGGGGAAAUAUAUGGAGCAAUGAUAAGAAUUACGAAAUUUCUCCAUGAACUCGAUCUGCAAAAUAAACAAGAAAUAUUUUCUGACAAGUCUAUAAUUUUUAUGAAAAAUGUAUAUCUUAAAAUCAAUAAUUUGCAAGUUCUCAACAAUGUUUCACUGAACAUAAGUAGUGGCCUAACAUGUAUAACAGGACCCAUGGGGUCAGGUAAAUCAGUACUAUUAAAAACAAUCCUUAACGAUUUUCCUGCCUAUACAGGAAAUAUUUACAUAGCCGGUCAAGUUUCUUAUGUUUCUCAAGAACCUUGGAUUUUUCCAUCUACAAUAAAACAAAACAUAUUAUUUGGAAACCCUUACAAUAAGUUUUUAUACGAGGAAGUAUUGCGUGUGUGUGCUUUAGAUUACGAUUUGAAUUUAAUGGAAACAGGAGAUAAAACUAUGGUUUUGGAAAAGGGGGGAAAUUUAAGUAAAGGACAGCAAAUAAGGAUUAAUUUAGCGAGAGCUCUUUAUAGAGAAAGCGAUAUUUAUUUACUGGAUGAUUGUUUUUCUUCUUUGGAUGUAGAAGUUGGCGAACAAGUAUUUUAUAAUGCUGUGCAGUGUUUUCUGAAAAAUAAAGUUUGUGUUUAUGUAACCCAAAAUUUACAACAUUUAAAUAGUUCUAACGUUAUUAUUGAAAUACGGGAUGGAACAAUUAUGAAUAUUACAAAUUCAGACAAGGCCAAAUUAAUAAACAAUGAUCAUAAUAAUACAGAAGUUAUAAAUAGAGAUAAAAUAUUUAAUACAAAUAUAUUUGAAAUAAACGAAGAAAACAUCUCUGAAACCUCAAAAAUAAUGGAAAAACCUUCUACACAAGGAGUUUAUUUUGAAAAAAUAAAUACUAAUAAUAUUCCUCUAAGGACUUAUUGGGAUUACCUAAAAUUUGGCAGGGGUGUGACAGUUUUUUCUAUCAUUAUUUUAGUUUUUAUAUUGGCACAAGCUUCUCUUAAUUUUAAUGAUAAAUUAUUAAGCAACUGGGUGGAUUUAGAACAAAAGUUAAUAUUACUUAAAAAUAAUACAACUACAGAAGAAUAUACAAAUGCUUUAAAAUCUAAAAACUUUUAUUUAAUAUUGUAUUCAACAUGUACAGCUAUUUCUGUAUCAUUGCUCUUAAUAAGAAUACUAAGUUUUUUCGAUUUUACCCGAGUCGUAUCUUUAAAACUGUCUGAAAUCACUACAAAAAAUCUACUUCAUGCCAAAAUAAGUUUUUUUGAUUCGCGUUCACUGGCAAAUAUUUUAAACAGAUUUUCAUUGGAUUUCCAUAACAUUGAUGAAAUUCUUCCAAAUUCUGCUAAUGAAUGUUUUCUGACGGUUAUAAGUGUAUUUGGUGCAAUAGUUCUCAUAAUUGUUGUUAAUUGGUUACUUAUAAUACCUAUUUUAAUGAUAUCCUUAAUAUGUUAUUUCAUAAAUAUAAUAGGGUUUCCAUCUGGAAGAAAAUAUAUACGAUUAGAGGCAUCUACAAAAUGUUCUGUGGUUGGACAUCUGAAUGCUACUUUAGAAGAUUUGGUUACUGUAAGAUCAUAUCGUAACCAAGAUAUAUUAAUCAAGGAGUUUGAUAGUUAUUUGGAUAAGUUUACGUCAGCUCAUCACACGGCAUUUUUGCUGAUUAGAUCCAUUGGUUUCUUUAUUGAUGUUUUAAUUUUACUGUUGAUUUUCUGUAUUAUAGCAUUUUUUCUAUUAUAUAGAGAAGGUGUCACAGCUGGUAAUGUUGGUUUAGCCAUAACGCAAAUAUUUAUGUUAAGUGGACAAGUUCAAUGGGGAUUAAGAACAUGGAUUGUAAUAAAACUGUACAUGACCUCCACAGAAAGAAUUCUUGAAUACACUAACGUCGAGCAGGAAAGAACAGAUGAAAAUAUUCAAGUAAAAAUGCCUGUUGUUUUGGAUGCAAUUAAAUUUAUAAAUGUUAAUCUUUUAUACCCCAAUAAACUAAACUAUGCUUUAAAAAAUGUUACCUUCGAAAUUAAACCCAGAGAAAAAGUAGGUAUUGUAGGAAGAACUGGAUCAGGAAAAUCAUCGUUAAUAUCUGUAUUAUUUAAACUUUAUGAUGUUAAAGGAAAAGUUUUAAUUAGUAAUACGGAUAUAAAAACAAUACCUUUAGAAAUCUUAAGACAAAAUAUAGCCAUUGUUCCGCAAAAUCCGGUACUGUUUUCUGGAUCAGUUAAAAACAAUAUAGACCCGUUAAAUGAAUACAACGAUGAGACAAUUUGGUCGGUAUUAGAGAAAUUUAAAGUUAAACAUUUAAUAGAAGAUUUACACACACCUUUGGUGGGAAAUGGAAAAAAUUUAACCAUAGGUCAAAAACAAUUAAUAUGCCUUGCAAGAGCAGCAAUGAGACAAAGUAAAAUAUUGGUAAUAGAUGAAGUUACAGCAAAUAUGGAUGAAAAAACCGAAAAAGAAUUAGUUAACGCAAUUAAUAAUCAUUUCGCCGAUAAAACUGUUAUUAGUAUAGCUCACAGACUUAACACUAUUUUGCAUUGUGAAAAAAUUAUUGUACUCGAUAAGGGUGAAGUUGUUGAAGUUGGUGCACCUAGUCAACUUAUUCAAAAUAUUGAUGGAUAUUUUUAUAAGUUAGUUAAAAAAAUGUCAUUGUAAAUCAGUAUUCAAUAAAAAAUAA